AUGGAAUGGAUCACAAGGGUGGAUGUUGCCCGGCAGGUUGUAGAGAUAUUGGGCAAGCGCUUGAACAAGUUCGACGACAAGUUCAAAUCUCUAGAGGAAUUGACCCAUGAGGAGAAUGACAACAUCCGGAUGGAGUUGGAUGUGCGCAACGCUAUGGAGUACGAGACGAAGGAGGCGAUCACUUCCUUGGAGUAUCGGCUCAUGGAUGCGCUAAGCACGAUAGAGACCUUGAAGAUCGAGAUGGCAGCACUCAAGGGAGACAUAGAAGCAAGAAGAUGCUGUAACAAAGUGAAGAAUGACGAGAUGAUUUAUGUACCCGCAGAUGAUUUGACCGACCUUGCUCCUGCUACGACAUUUGCACAUUUAGAUGCUACUACCACAUUAUCAAGAGGAUUGGCUGCCAAAGGUAUUUAUCCAGCAGUGGAUCCUUUAGAUUCAACGUCAACCAUGCUUCAACCUUGGAUCGUUGGUGAGGAACAUUACGAAACCGCCCAAAGAGUUAAGUCCCUAUGUUAA